GUUUCUCGCGUUACGUCAAUUAGAAUCUGGUGGCUGACAUAGGAACUCGCCGCGAAUAGGAACAAAUCAAGAUGGCCGCAACCAACUCGAGUUUACCCAGUGAAAAUCCAACGAAGAAGGAGGAUGAAUUCAACGAAUUUUAUUCGGAAGUCAAAGAAAUCGAAAAAAGGGAUUCCGUGUUGACUCCUAAACAACAAAUCGACAGAUUACUGCGGCCUGGUUCUUCUUACUUUAAUUUAAAUCCGUUCGAAGUUUUACAAAUAGAUCCUAGUACUUCCAUAGAUGAAAUCAAAAAAAAAUAUCGACGUAUGUCCAUACUUGUACAUCCAGACAAGAACCAAGACGACGCUGAAAGAGCGCAACAAGCGUUUGAAAUUGUUAAUAAAGCAUGGAAGACGUUAGAAAACGAAGAGACGAGAGCAAAAUGUAUGGACGUUAUAGAAGAGGCAAAAGCUCGUACGGAUCACAUGAUUGCUGAGAAAAAGAAAAAAUUAAAAAAAGAAGGCAAGACUGACAAUUCGACAGCUAAUAUGUUGGAGGAAGAAACCGAAGAAGGAUACAGGCAUGCUGUUUGGGUUAUGACAAUGAAAUUGUUUGCCGAUAUGGAAAGACGAAGAAGAGAACUAGCAACUAGAGAUGCCGAACAGCGAAAGAGAAAACGAGAAGAAGAAUUAUCUGCGGAAGCUCAAGCGGCCCUGGAACGUGAGUGGCAAAGAAAUUUCGAAGAAUCGAGACAAUCACGAGUCGAUAGCUGGAAAGCUUUUCAGUCUGGUUCUAACGCAACUAAACAAAAGAAAGCAAAGAAAUUAAAAGCCUUUAGGCCACCAAAAACGAAGGCCGAAUCACGAUAAUUAAUGGAACGUAUCGCCUCUACUUCAUCGGAUUUAGAACCGGUUUCAAAUCUCAUUUGCUCCAAUGUUAUUUCAUAGAAAUUUUCAGCAAGAACAAUUCUAGAUCAUAUUACUUAUAUACAUACACAUUGUGUGUCAUCUAAUGCGCGUGAACUUACAAAUGUCCACAAAUAUUAUUAUCGUCGAUUUUCUCACUUUCAAUCCACUUAUAUAUUUAGAAAAAAAGUUGUUACUCUUAUUGAGAAUCAAAGUAAAAAAAAAAAAAAAAGAGAGAGAAAAGAAAAAGAAAGAAAAGAAGAGAAGAGGGGAAGGAAAAAAGAACAAAAAAGAAUAUUCGAGUGUUAGAAAUGUGCGGAGGUGAUAUCAAUAUGAGAGACAGAGGGUAAGAGAAAUAAGAA